GGCACUAACGAGGACACCACAGCUGGGGUCCUCCCCGUUGAAAGAAGUAGGUGCGUUCUGCGCAUGCUCCUUCCUUUCCUGUUCAGGCCUCCGAGAAAGCUGCAGAGAUGCUGAUGCCCAAGAAAGAUCGCAUUGCCAUCUACGAGCUCCUUUUUAAGGAGGGCGUUAUGGUGGCCAAGAAAGAUGUACAUAUGCCAAAGCAUCCGGAACUAGCUGACAAGAACGUGCCCAACCUCCACGUCAUGAAGGCCAUGCAGUCUCUGAAGUCCCGUGGCUACGUCAAGGAGCAGUUUGCCUGGCGUCACUUCUACUGGUAUCUUACAAACGAAGGCAUCCAGUAUCUGCGGGAUUUCCUGCACCUGCCCCCAGAGAUCGUCCCUGCUACUCUGAGGAGGAGUCGUCCAGAGACUGGCAGACCACGACCCAAAGGUUUGGAGGGUGAGCGCCCUGCCCGCUUGUCCCGAGGAGAGACGGACAGAGACACCUACAGACGCAGCGCUGCUCCACCUGGUGCUGACAAGAAGGCCGAGGCUGGCGCUGGAGCCGCUACAGAAUUUCAGUUUAGAGGAGGCUUCGGACGUGGUCGCGGACAGCAACCUCCACAAUGAUGCGGCUCUCAUUCUUUUGUCAAUAAAACAUAUUUGUGACAUAAUGA